GCUGCAGAACAGACCUGUUUCAGCUUCAACAAACAUGCCUCUUUAUUUUAUAACAACGAUAAUUCUCUGAACAACUGGCUGCUACACGGGAUUUUUGUACACUCAUUAAUAGCAUCCGAGUGUAUAAGGAGUCUAUGUCUGGCUGGAAUUCAACGUUCAGAAUGCAUCGGGGAAAAAGGUGUUUCUCGGCUGUCUUUGUUUUUUGUACGUUAUGGAGCAGCACUUUGUCCGUGACUCGGUACUCCAUACCCGAGGAGAUGGAGAGGGGGUCCGUCGUGGCCAAUUUAGCCGCAGAUUUGGGUCUGGAGGUUGGAGUUCUGGCUCAUCGCGAGGUAAAACUUGAAAUGUUCCAAGAAAGCAAUAAAUAUCUGGAUGUCAACAAAAAGACAGGGGAGCUCUACAUUGUUGAAAAGAUGGACAGAGAAUACCUCUGCCCAUCGAAAACCGCAACAACAUGUUUUGUUAAACUAGACGUUAUCAUUGAAAGUCCCUUGCGCAUUUUCAAUAUCGAGCUAGAAAUCAAAGAUAUCAAUGAUAAUGCUCCUCAUUUUCGUAGAGACAGGGUAGAGCUUGAUGUUUCAGAGUCGGCUACCCCGGGUGAGAGAUUCUCCUUGCCAAAUGCCGUGGACCCAGAUGGUGGUAUAAACACUGUAAAAAUGUACAAACUCAGUGAAAGCGAACAUUUCACAAUCGAAAUUCAGACUGGGAGUGAUGGUACUAAAUACGUUGACAUGGUUUUGACAAAGGCUUUAGAUCGAGAGGAGCACGCCGUUCAUCAUCUAAUAUUGACCGCUGUAGAUGGCGGGGUUCCUGCGCGCUCGGGUACAGCUAAUAUCAUUGUUAGGGUGCUAGAUACCAACGACAACGCCCCACGAUUCGACCACCCGGUUUAUUCCGUUAAUAUGACAGAGAACUCCCCGAUCGGAACGCUAGUAAUGAAGCUUAACGCCACAGAUUUAGAUGAGGGCCCAAAUGCAGAAAUCACGUAUUCAUUCACACUUUACACAUCAGAGAAAACACAAGACGUCUUUGCACUAAAUCCAAACACAGGAGAGAUAAUAGCGAAGGGCACUAUUGAUUAUGAAGACAUGAAGUUUUACGAGAUGCAUGUUGAGGCUAAGGACAAAGGACAGCAUCCCCUAUUGGGGCAGUGUAAAGUUGUAGUGCGCGUUACAGAUAUGAACGACAACUAUCCCGAUAUCACCGUUAAAUCUUAUAAGAGCACAGUUAAUGAGAAUAUUCCCGUGGGGACAGUCAUAGCUAUCGUAGGGAUAAGCGAUAGGGACACAGGUGACAAUGGCAAAGUCAGCCUAUCUAUAAACCAAAACCUGCCAUUUGUUUUGAACAAGUCCUCUGACGUCCUUUAUGAGCUCAAAGUCUCAGAGCCAUUAGACCGUGAGAAAGUGCCAGAAUAUGACAUCACACUCGUUGUGACCGAUGGAGGAACGCCCCCCUUGUCUGAUAAUGUAACGAUAACUUUACAUCUAUUGGAUGUCAAUGAUAACGGGCCACUCUUCCCUCACUCGUUCUACACUAUACCCGUUAUAGAGAAUAAUGCACCUGGGGCCUUGCUAAGUUCCCUCACUGCGUUUGAUCCAGACCUCCAUGAAAACCAGUAUCUAGUUUAUUUCAUCAUAGAGAAGGAGAUAGUGAACACCUCCAUGUCCAUGCUGUUCUCCAUCAAUCCGGAGAACGGUAAUCUUUACGCACUAAAGACGUUUGACUAUGAGAUAGAGAAGGAGUUCCUUUUCCACAUUGAGGCCAGAGACUCUGGUGUUCCUCCGCUCAGCAGUAACGUGACUGUCCACAUCAUUAUUGUGGACCAGAACGACAACACCCCGGUCAUAGUGUCUCCGUGGCGCGCGCACGGCUCCGUGGUGGAGGAGAAGAUCCCCAGAUCCACCGAUAAAGGAUCCCUGGUCUCCAAGGUGAUAGCCAUAGACACGGACUCGGUCCAGAACUCUCGGAUUACAUACCAGUUUCUACAGGUUACUGACGCUACUCUAUUCAGUCUGGACCAAUACAACGGAGAGAUACGUACUAUGAGAAUGUUCAGUUACAGAGAUCCGCGUCAUCAACGGCUGGUUGUCAUCGCCAAGGACAACGGGGAUCCUGCUCUCUCUGCUACAGUUACCAUAAAGCUCUCAACAGUGGAGACUGCCGUUAAAGCCUACUCUGACAUGACUGAAGUGCCGCUAGAAUAUGACAUAUUUUCAGAUUUAAACCUGUAUUUGGUGAUUGGCCUGGGCUCAGUGUCCUUUCUGUUAUUGAUCACCAUAUUGGUCACCUGUGUGCUGAAGUGUCAGAAACCAAUGCCAAGUAAAGCGACCCCUCCCAGUAGGAACAGCGUGAUCAGCGAGAGGAAUUCGACCAUCGCAGAUUCCACCCUGGUCUCCAACGAUGCCUACUGGUACAGUCUGUUUCUAGCGGAGACGAGGAAAGGAAAGCUGGUAGUCAGACAGCCUGUGCCAAAGGCGGGUUCCAGAUACAUCGUGUCCAGUCUACCAAGGAGCACUGGCCUGACAGAGACCAGCGACUCAGCGGCCUCUACUUUGCAGGUAAUACUAAACUCUUAA